AUGACUCAAUCAGUCAGUCUAAAUCCUCAAUUUGAUCAAAUUGGAAGACAAUUUGUUCAGCAUUAUUACCAGACAUUUCAAAAUAAUAGGUCAGGUUUAGGUGUUUUAUAUGGGCCUCAAUCUAUGCUAACCUGGGAGGAUUCUCAAUUUCAAGGACAAGCAAAUAUCUCUGCUAAACUUGGCUCUUUAAAUUUCCAACGGGUAAAAUUUGACAUUGUUAGGGCUGAUUGUCAGCCUUCUCCAGAAAAUGGAGUUAUUGUAUUUGUAACUGGGGAUGUUAGUAUCGAUGAAGGACAACCUUUGAAAUUUUCGCAAGUCUUUAACCUGCUUCCAUCCGGGAAUUGUGGGUACAUUAUUUUUAAUGAUCUAUUUAGAUUAAAUUUAGGAUAG